AUGGCCGCCGGAGCUCUCCAGACACUUUUGUUGAGCUGGUUCCUGAGCACUGGGGACCAGGCUGCGAAGGGGAACUAUGGCCUUUUGGACCAGAUCCAGGCUCUGCGCUGGAUCAAGGAGAACAUCCAGGCCUUCAACGGAGACCCAAAGAGAGUCACCAUCUUCGGCUCUGGAGCUGGAGCCUCCUGUGUCAGUCUGCUCACACUGUCCCACUACUCUGAAGACAUGUUCCAGAAGGCAAUUAUCCAGAGUGGCACGGCGCUGUCUAGUUGGGCGGUGAACUACCAGCCUGCCAAGUACACGCGGGCUUUGGCCGAGAGGGUGGGCUGCAACAUGCUGGACUCCAUCGACCUGGUGGAGUGUCUGCAGAACAAGAACUACAAAGAGCUGAUAGAGCAGUACGUGACUCCGGCCAAGUACCAUGUCGCCUUCGGACCGGUCAUCGAUGGAGACGUGAUCCCCGACGAUCCUCAAAUUCUCAUGGAACAGGGCGAAUUCCUCAACUAUGACAUCAUGCUGGGAGUCAACCAGGGGGAGGGGUUUAAGUUUGUGGACGGGAUUGUUGACAGUGAAGAUGGCGUCUCUGCGAACGAUUUUGAUUUUGCUGUGUCAGAUUUUGUGGAUCAUUUGUACGGUUAUCCCGAAGGAAAAGAUACGCUACGAGAGACCAUAAAGUUCAUGUACACGGAUUGGGCUGACAAGGAGAACCCGGAAACACGGAGGAAAACUCUGGUUGCGUUGUUCACGGAUCACCAGUGGGUGGCGCCAGCGGUCGCUACAGCAGAUUUACACGCACAGUACGGAUCUCCGACAUACUUUUAUGCUUUUUACCAUCACUGUCAGAGCGAUAUGAAGCCGAGCUGGGCCGACGCCGCGCACGGAGACGAAGUUCCAUAUGUGUUUGGAAUUCCCAUGAUCGGACCCACGGAUCUGUUCAACUGCAACUUCUCCAAGAAUGACGUCAUGCUCAGUGCUGUGGUCAUGACCUACUGGACCAACUUCGCCAAAACUGGAGAUCCAAACCAGCCGGUACCACAGGACACCAAGUUCAUUCACACCAAACCGAACCGCUUCGAGGAGGUGGCUUGGACGAAGUAUAACCCCAAAGACCAGCUUUACCUUCACAUCGGGCUGAAACCACGAGUUCGGGACCACUACAGAGCCACCAAAGUCGCCUUCUGGCUCGAACUAGUCCCACACCUGCACAAUAUCAACGAGUUCUUUCAAUACGUCUCCACCACCACCAAAAUACCUCCACAAGAAACCACGCCAUACUCCUACACCAAAAGGUUUUCUGGUAAAAAUCCGUGGCCGUCAACAACGAGACAUCCUGGAGUUCCAUCUGCGAACACAAAACAAACCACGGAUCAGCGGAAAGGGAGUGUGGAAAACCUGGACGCCAGUGAAGACAUGUAUAUCGUACGAAAAAGCGACUAUUCCACAGAGCUUAGCGUUACUGUGGCGGUCGGAGCAUCUCUUUUGUUUUUAAAUAUUUUAGCAUUCGCAGCUUUGUAUUACAAAAAGGACAAGCAACGCCAUGAGACAAACAGACGUGUCCCUACUCCGCAACGCAACUCGACGGCUAACCCGGCUAGCAACCCGACGCAAGUAGCAACGACAGCUAACGACGUAACACACCUGCAAAGUGAGGAGUUAAUGUCGCUACAAAUGAAGCAACAGCAGCUAGAACACGACCACCAUCACGAAUGCGAAUCCAUGCAGAGCCACGAUACGCUACGGCUAACUUGCCCGCCGGAUUACACGCUAACUCUGCGACGCUCACCGGACGAUAUCCCGCUAAUGACACCUAGCACUAUAACCAUGAUUCCCAAUUCGCUAGCUAGCAUCCAACCACUGCACAAUUUCAAUACGUUCGGAGGAAGCCAAAACAGUACCAACUUACCGCACGGGCAUUCCACCACGCGGGUAUAGCUCUGAAAUGUUUGAAUUCGUAAAAAAAUAAGGCUAAAGACUAGUGAAAAGACAAUGCCUUCUUUUUGAAUGUGUUUAUGAAUGGGAGACAAAAUGGACGCCAAGAUGAAGAAAGAGGAGGACUAUUUUUAAACGCUUUUUGACAUCAAUAAAUAAAUAAUAUUGUAUAAGGGAAAACGAAAGCAACAAUUUCUUGAACUUAUUUCAUGCGACGUCAUUUUGAACUGAGCACACGACUCUUCAUGCCAGCCUGAAAUGUAUUUAUAAAAACUAAAGCUUCAUGAUACGGUGCGCUAAUGAACAGCAGCGUUAGCAAAUGGCUACUGCACAAUGUGUUUGAACUAUGGCCUUUCUCACACUGGGAGAUUGUGUUCAGGAGCACACCACACAUGAAGAAGAAACACCUUUGCCACCCUAACGACAUUUUGACAUUUGACUAUUUUAAACAUAGUCACCUGGAGACAGAGAGCAGAUGACAAACCCUGCACGAGAAAAGUUAUGUAGUGCACCUUUAAAAUCAUUACAUUUGAAAUUACAUUACAUUUCAUUAUUUGUAAGUUUAAAAAAAGUGUUUGAAAAGAAGUGGAAAUAUUGGGCAAGCUUAGACAAAAGAUCUAAUAAUGAUAUGAUCACUGGCUAUUUACAAGUAGUUUAUUACUAUGGAACAUCUCAAUAAAAUCUCCAGGGAGACAAGCACAUGGCAGACCCUCCUCCAGAAAAAUGAAAUAGUGCAUCUUUAAAUUUAGUAUGCAUUUUUUGCAUCAUGAAUACACUUUUGUAAGUUUAAAAAACAUUCCUUUUGUGAUUUUCUUUUUUCCAAAGCAGUAGAGAUAUAAGACACUGGACAUAUUUACACAUUAAACAUGGAACUGCUCCUGUUUUCGACCAGUGUUUAUUAGAGCACCUUGUGAUGAAGCUUUAGCAAACUUUGUACAAAACCAUGUGGAAAAUGAUAUUCAAAAGAUAUAUUAUAGACUUUGAUAUAUUUUAAAUCAUUGUAAAUAUAUGAACCAUUUUUGUUCUGAAUUAUUUUAUUUUUUUAUUUUGUUGCCCAUUUUUAAAGAUUUUCAACGCUGCUACUUCGACCAUCGUCUCCAGACUUUGCAUGUCCAGCUUUUACCAAAACCUAAAAAGAAAAUUAUUUUAAAGAAGACCUAUUCUGCAAACUGUUCUGUUCACAUAUUUAUCCAUGUUUUAGUCGUUUCUUCUCAUUGAGCCUCUGAAGUUGUAUUUGGAGUGAUUCAUGUUUGAAUAAUCUUUAAUCGACUGUUUUCAAGAUACCAUUUUGUCGAUCUACCCCCGUAUAACCUCCACCAGUACACGCCCACUGUGACACGCCCACUGUGACGUACGGUCGUUUUAGAUGAAUAUUAUGAUUUAAAAUGUGCAAAUUCUAACAUAAUGAUCCAUGGGUGUCAGAGAUUAUAAGUAUAGACACAAGCACAAUAUGUCUUCUUUAAAACCUCCAUCUUUCUUUGUGUUUUAUUUUGAAAGAGCCAUUUCCUGUCUUGCGAUUUCAACACUGCCUCGGCUACAACAUGACCAGCAAAUAUACUAUUAUUUUUAUUUAAAAUAUAAAGGCAGUGGAAUUCUUUUAUUUUGAAGGGAAAUUAUAAUUUGUGGGAAAAAAACAAACAAACAACACUUUGUUAAAUAUUUGAAAAUUGUCAUAUUCUA